UUAAAAAUGGUUUCUCGUUUGUUUAAGCCUUUUGAUUUUGUCCGACAAAAUGCUGACCAAUUAGCUGUUAUUGCUGUGGAUGGUCCAAAAACGGUUUUGCCGAAUGAAUGGUUUACUAUUUGGAAUAGUGCCAAACUUAGAUUGUGCACUGAUGGGGCUGCUAAUAAUUUGGUGGAGUCUUGCAAGUCUACCAAAACAAAAAAUCCAGACUUGGUUGUAGGUGAUUUCGACUCUAUCACAGAAGAGAGCAAAAAAUAUUUUGAGUCGCAAAAGGACUGUCAAGUGUUAAAAAUUGAUGACCAAAACACGACGGAUUUAACUAAAACUAUUGGGAUUUUAAUGCAAAAGGCGGGUAGUUUUUUUGUUGAUAAACCGUUGGCUGCUAUUUUGGUUCUGGGUGGACUUACAGGACGUUUUGAUCACGUUAUGGGAACUUUUAAUGCAAUGAUGUUGCAGAUUCAAGGAGUUCCCUCAAUUCCUAUUUAUCUUUUGGAUGGUACAAAUGUUGUUAUGAUUGUUCAACAGAGUGAUACAAACAUUGAACUUUUGGAAGAGCCAAUUACCGGCACCUGUGGUCUCAUUCCUCUUGUGCAAAGACGUACUUUGGUGACAACGGAAGGGUUUAAAUGGGAACUUAAGGAAACAAAAUUGGAUUAUGGACAUUGUGUUAGUAGCUCAAACAAAAUUGUUAAGCCUCAACAACUUCGAAUUCGAUCUUCUGAACCUAUUGUGUUCACAUUCGAAUUGAAGCGUUCUUUUGGAUUAUUCUAUAGUUGUUGCUUUUGGCCAGUUAGAAAGGUUUUUUUGUUAAUUUAAAUAUAGUCGGUGAAAAUGUUAAAGUGUGAUACUCAUUUAAAAGUGCCAUUAUAUUGUUGUAUUUAUUUGUUGAGAUAUUUUCUGUUUUGAUAAA